CUACUCCUGGAGAAGCGGGUCGCUCAACUGCACGCAAAAGCAUACGAUGCUCAUGGGACUUGGUGAUCCGAUGUACAUCGACUCUUCUCUUCGCUUACCGUCACGUCAGUGCCUGCAGCUGCUGCUGCUGCCGGAGCGGGAGCAAUAGCAAGUGGCUUAGAAGCAGGCACAGUAUUGAUCUCUUCCUGGGCGGGCGGCUGGCCCAUCAACUGCACCAAACAGCAUACCAAGCUCACGCUCAUGUCACUCGGUGAGCGUCCGAUGCACAGGCACUUUCCCUUCCCUACCGCCAUUCCAGUGGAGUCGCCAGUGGCUGCUGCGGGAGCAGCAACACGUGGCUCAGAACCCGGGAGACGACUCUGAUAAGCACGCACGAAUCGAUGAAUAGCCAGUGCCUCACCGAUUCAAAGCGACUGUGUUCUCUCGAUUCACCGUUUGGUUGUCUGACGUGGCAUCGCCGACUGCUGAAGAUGCGCACCCUUGCUCUAAUGCAGCAUAUGGCACGCGCCCCGAUCGGCCAGCAGACAUCCGUGGCGAUUGGCCUACACACCAGGCAGCAGCAGAAACACAGACACACGUGCUUGCGCACAUCAUUUUGGUACCCGAGCGGACUGGUUGAGUGGCUGCGGGUCGACCUGCGCAUUACACAGCAGCAGAGAGAGAAAUGCGGGAAAAUCGCCCGCCAUUCACCCAGCCCAUGGUGUACCAAGGGCAUGUGAAGGCGAUCCACGAGGAAAAAAGGGAGGGCGGUGUGCGGGCGGGAAGGAGGGAGGCAAGCUGAGGGCCGCCGCACCGCCACCGCUGCGCAGCAAUGGACUCAGUGAAUGCGAUGGACCUGCACACAGCACACGACAACAGAAAAACCUGCAUGCACAUGCACACGUGCAACAGACGUGUACCUGUGGCGGGGAAAUGCGGUCCAUGGCGACGUGCCGCACCACCGCCUGUGACUGCAGCUGCAGGAAGGGCCUGACGAGCGAGAUAACAUGAAUCGAUCAUAUACACAGUCUCUGUGUGCCUGCUGCUGACUCUCCCACCUGCUCGUCGACGCCGCCAGGGGUCCCUUGACCCAAACCUUGACCCACCACCCUGGCGGCAAAGAUGACACAGCCCUGAUGGUUGCAGUGUAUCUAUUGGCAUAUAUGCCUACCCUUCCGGCGGCAAAGAUGGCGUGGACAAGGGCAUCUGCAGUGGUCGACCUGCACAUUACACACAGCAGAGAGACGAAUGCGGAAACCCACCCGCCAUUCACCCAGCCCAUGGUGUACCAGGGGCAUGUGAAGGCGGUCCGGGAGGGAAGAAGGAAGGGCGUUUUGCUGCAGGUGGGUAUCCGGGUGGCCAAGACGAAGAAACGGGGGGUGGCGCAAAGGGAUUUGUGGGGCUGCAUGGGCCUGCGGCCGCCGCACCGCCACUGCUGCUGUGUGGACCGGGCAGCCUCUGCAGCAAUGGAUCCGCUGCAUGCGAUGGACCUGCACACAACACACGACAACAGACAAACAUGGAUGCACGUGCAGCGGACAUGUACCUGUGGCGCUGAUCCCACAAAGGAGCCGGCCAAUGAUGCCAGAUGCAAGACAACGCACCUGCGAGAGGCAGACAGAGAUACACAUCAAGCACACGUCUGACACACUUACGGCAUUGCUCUGUGACGCAUCGGCGCACAGGGCAUCCAGCCAGUAUUUCAGCCGCACAGCCUCCUGAUUGCCACACACCACACACACUCGCCCCCUGCCUCUGUGUGCGUGUGGCUGUGUCACCUGUUGGGUAAGAAGGGCUGCACUAAGCGCCUGCAGGUACUCAAGCGUCUCAAGCGUCUGCAGGAUGGACACACCUAAGCUAUAAAAGCAGGAGAGGUGUUGGCAAAUCAUAAUACGUGUGGUGGAUGCACCGUUGCCAACAUAGCGGCUCCAGGCACAGUGUUGAUCUCUUCCUGGGCGGGCGGCUGGCCCAUCAACUGCACCAAACAGCAUACCAAGCCCACGCUCAUGUCACUCGGUGAGCGUCCGAUGCACAGGCACUUUCCCUUCCCUACCGCCAUUCCAGUGGAGUCGCCAGUGGCUGCUGCGGGAGCAGCAACACGUGACUCAGAAGCCGGGAGACGACUCUGAUAGGCACGCACGAAUCGAUGAAUAGCGAGUGCCUCACCGACUCAAACCGACUGUGUUCUCUCGAUUCACCGUGUGGUUGUCUGAGGAGAGCUCUGCAGCGGCACCGCCGACUGCUGAAGAUGCGCACCCUUGCUCUAAUGCAGCAUAUGGCACGCGACCCGGUCCGACAGCAGACAUCUGUGGCGGUUGGCCUACACACCAGGCAGCAGCAGAAACACAGACACACGUGCUUGCGCACAUCAUGUUGGUACCCAAGCGGACUGGUUGAGUGGCUGCGGGUCGCCGUGCACAGUACACAGCAGCAGAGAGAUGAAUGCAUGAAACCCGCCCAGCCACCCACCUACCCCAUGGUGUACCAGGGGCAUUUGGAGGCCUUCCAGGAGGAAAAAAGGGAGGGGGGUGUGCGGGCGGGAACAAGGGAGGGAAGCUGAGGGCCGCCGCACCGCCACUGCCCAUCCGACGGGAACCCUGACUUGUCGGUUGGCUGGCCUGUCGCUUCGCUUUGCAUUUCGUAUUGUGCUUCUGAUUGUAUGCGACCCACUCGCCGCAAUCGUCACAGCGAUAGACCUUCCUCAGAUGAUCGUCGAACUGGGAAUCGGCCAAGUGCUCCUUGUUGAAGGCGUACAGGAAUUUGAACUCUUCCUCCUUGUCCUCCUUCCCGUCCUCCUUCACUGUGACGAUCAGGGUCACUCCUGGCUCUACACCGAGGUCUGCUACUUGCUGAAGCUGCAAGCUGGCGUUGGCGUUGGGCCGAACAGUGGCAAAUGUAGUGGCUGAAGCGGAGAAAAGACACAUAAUCAAGGGAUGACUCUUCGGCCUUCAUUCGCUGCGAUUCUCACUCGAUGCCUUUUUCCCCUCGCGCCUAGUCGGAACGUAUCGGAGCCACGCCUCCUCGACCUUGACGGUGCGCCCGUCACUGGUCCGCUCAUCCGGCAGCUGCCAUAACACUGCUCCAGGAGCUGAUGAAAGAGGGACGUCGAUGGCCUUCGUGAUGCCAUUGUCCAUCACUUCCUUGAUGCCUGCCGGGGCAUAGGUUUCCGUGAACUUCACGAUCGCCAUCUUCUUCUUCUUCUCCUCCUCCUUCUCCUUCUCCUUCUCCUCCUCCUCCAUCCUGGGCCAAUGUCUGUGCAGACGCUCCACCAGGAGCUGUGCUGCAGCAGCGGCGGCCUGCAGCACGGGGACACGCAAACAGAUGCUCGGUUCGUGUGUGGUGUUUCUGUGUGUGGGGCGGGUGGGUACCUGUGUGUGCGUGUGUGGUUGAGGUCCAGCCGAAUGAGCCAUCGCACCCGACUCCUAAAACCACACACAAACCACCUAAAGGCACACAGACGUGACAGACUCUUCCUGCUGACUUGCCUGAGGAUGGUCAGGCUGCGAUUGCCGCGAGGAGGUGUGUGAGGUGGCCAU